AUGGGUUUCUCUAACGCCCCCAUUAGUGUGCCCAAUGUGACCAUCAGUGCAUUCGAUGGUCCUCAGUGGCUGCACAUUGCCCCGAGGGGCACCUACAUUGCCGUGGCCACUCUGAUGGGCACUGUGGUCAUCCUAGCCUCCUUCAUGAAUGGGAUGGUCAUCCUAGUGUCGGUCAGAUACAAGAGGCUCCGAUCUCCCCUCAACUACAUCCUGGUGAACCUGGCUGUGGCAGACCUGAUGGUCACUUUCUUUGGCAGUACCAUCAGUUUUUCCAACAACAUCAAUGGGUACUUCACUCUGGGACACACCAUGUGUCAGUUCGAGGGUUUCAUGGUGUCUCUGACAGGUAUUGUGGGACUGUGGUCGCUGGCGAUCCUGGCUUUCGAGCGGUACAUCAUCAUUUGCAAACCGAUGGGCGAUUUCCGCUUCCAACAGAGGCACGCAGUGUUGGGCUGUCUCUUCACUUGGAUCUGGUCUUUGGUGUGGACAAUGCCCCCUCUCCUGGGCUGGAGUAGUUAUGUACCUGAGGGUUUGCGAACAUCUUGUGGACCAAACUGGUACACGGGAGGGAGUAACAACAACAGUUAUGUGGUCGCUCUCUUUGUUACCUGCUUCAUGAUGCCGUUGAGCCUGAUCAUCUUCUCCUAUGUCAGUUUGUUGGUGGUUCUCCGAGCUGUUGCUCAGCAACAGAAAGAAUGUCAGACAACACAGCGAGCAGAACGAGAGGUUAGCCGCAUGGUGGUGGCCAUGGUGAUGGCUUUUUUGAUCUGCUGGCUCCCUUAUACAACGUUUGCUUUGGUUGUUGCUGUGGAUAAGGACAUUGUGAUUCACCCGACCUUGGCCUCCAUGCCAUCCUAUUUCUCAAAGACCGCCACCGUCUACAACCCCAUUAUCUAUGUCUUCAUGAACAAACAGUUCCGGACAUGUUUGCUGACUACCCUGUGCUGCGGGAGGUUCUCGGAGGGUGACGCCACGUCAUCCACAUCCACCAGCAGGAGCCAGACUGAAGCCUCAAACCUUUCUGAGGGGGGGGGAAGAGGAGGAAGGGAAGGGGGUAACAGAAUUACACCGGCCUGA